ACCUAAGGAGCUAGCUACCAGCUGACCAGUUUGAUACAGGAAAACAACCUUUUCACGUCAGAAAGAUGCCGAAGGUGUCCAUCCAGUCGUUCAAGCUGGCUGUUAAAUGGUGGUGUAUUAUGAAAUGUUAGGCAACUCAAUGCUUUGUGUAGAGGGGAACCAAAGCGCACAAUUCUGUGUUUCCGUGGUAGCCGAAAAGGGUGGUGAACACAGUCGGAAAGUAUGGAGGGAGAUUUGAUUUAGCUGGCUAGUUUACGGUCUGAUCUGGGAAGCAGGUUUAAGCGUCGCUUUACGAACAGAAUGGAAGCUGAUAACGACAUCCAAACGACGCCGAGAGGGUUUCACUGCAAGCUGUGCGAUGUUACCAUACCCAACAAACCCAGCCUCGAGGACCACGUCAGGGGAAAGAAGCACGAGCACCUGUGCCGGCUGCGCGCGAAAAGGAAGUCUCAGGAGGAGAACAGCGUCUUCGUCAGCGGGUUCAGAGCCGCCACCUCGCGCACCGAGCUCGAGGAGUACUUUGAGCACUUUGGGCCCGUGACUGAGGUCAUCAUGGACAAGGAGAGGGGCGUGUAUGCCAUUGUGGAGUUCGCCGAGGCUGGCGGCACACAGUCUGCUUUGACUCAGCUGGAGCACAGUUUGCAUGGCCUGAAGCUCCGAGUCAAGCCCAGGGAGAGGAAGGAGUUCAAGCUCACAGGCAGGGGAAAGCACGACCCCAAGAAAGCCCAAGUUGGCAUGGGGAAACUCAGCUACGAACUCUGCCAAGCAGGCUCGGUGAAUGAGCAAAUGCAGAAGGUGGUGGAGACCUUCCAGCUGUCCGAGGGGGACCGGAAGGCCAGGGAGCUCCUUGUCCAGCUGCUGCAGGAGGUCUUCUCCGAGUUCCUGCCAGACUGCCAGAUCAUCCCCUUUGGAUCCUCCGUCAACACGUUUGGUGUCCACGGCUGUGACCUGGAUCUGGUCCUAGACCUGGAGAACACCAAGGCCUUCCAGUGCCGGGCAAGAACGUCUGAUCAGACGGGCGAGGACCGGUCAGAGGACGGGCGUUCGGAGGACUCCAUCCUGUCCGACAUCGACUUGGCCUCGGCCUCGGCCGCCGAGCUGUUGGACCUGGUGGCGGCUAUCCUGCGGAAGUGUGUCCCCGGCGUGCACAAGGUGCAGUGUGUGAGCACGGCACGCCUGCCCCUGGUCAAGUUCAACUACCGGCCUCUCGCGCUACAGGGUGACAUCACUAUCAACAACAGGAGGCUGGCGGUGAGGAAUACCCGUUUCCUGCAGCUGUGUUCGGCGCUGGACUCCCGAGUGCGCCCUCUAGUGUACACUGUUCGGUUCUGGGCCAAGCAGAAGCAGCUGGCAGGGAAUCCGUUUGGCGGCGGUCCCUUGCUGAAUAACUACGCGCUCACCCUCCUGGUGGUGUUCUACCUGCAGAGUGUGGAGCCGCCCGUCCUGCCCACAGUGGAAAAGCUCAGGGGCAUGGCAUGUGAGGAGGAGGUGUGUGUCAUUGACGGGUGGGACUGCACCUUCCCCAGCCAGCCGUUCAGUGUGCCCCCCAGUAAAAACACGGACGACCUCUGCACACUACUGUUUGGCUUCUUCCGGUUCUACUCCAAGUUUGACUUUCCUUCAGUGGUGGUAAGUCUGAGGGAAACUUGCGCCCUGCCCAUCGCGGACUUUGUCGGCGACGAGGAGAUGCCCGACGAGCCCGAGGGCUGCGUGGCAAAACUGAGGCCCUCGGCGGGCCCCAAACUGGGCCCCGUGACCAUCCUGGAUCCCUUUGAGCUCCAGCACAACGUGGCGGGGAACCUGAGCGAGCGCACACACAGGAGUCUCCGUCACGAGCUCACCGAGGCAGAGAAGUACUGCCGCAGCCUGCAGUUCCAGCGCAAGUCGGCCAAAGGCAAGUCGUGGGGCCUGGUGCGGCUGUUCACGCCGCAUGGGGAAGCUGCGGCGGCCGCCUGCGAUGCCCCCUACAGGCACCUGGAGAUCUGCAUCCCAUUCAGAGCAGCCAGCCUUCCCGACGGGCAUCGCACAGACCCGAGCGAGGGUGGCGAUGCCUGCCGUACUGUCUGGUUUGGCAGGCUGUGCUCGGUGGUAGAGCUGGUGUUCAGAGACGUCCUGAAGUGCACACCUGUGGAGGGUCAUGCACGUCUGGACCCGAGCGAGGCUGGACAGGGAGCGACAGUGGAGGAAGCAGUUGAGGGCCAGAGUGUUGAGGGUUGCAGCCCUCAGGUAUCAGCUCAUGCCGGUGUAAAGAGGCCCCUGUCUGUGGAUGAAGGCCCAUCAUCCUCUCCACAGGGCAAGAGGCAGAGGCUGGACCCUUGGGCUGAACACCCAGAAUCGGUUCACUGGAGCUGGGCCCAGACGCACCCGGUCUGGGCUGGCCGGCGGAAGGUCCGCAAGGAUUUACUGAAAAUGAGUGACGAGGCCUCCCAGCCUGAAGGGGGCAGCAGCACCUUGGAGAGCAGGGUGACGCAGCACAUCAUGGAGAAGCAGGCCAACCCCCGAGACCUGCUGGAAUUCAGCGUGGACGGCACGGUGGUGGGUGUGGGCGAAAGCAUGAAGGCAGUGAUUAAGUUCUGCCCAACCAAUGAUGUUUCAGGACAUUUUCAAGACUUCUUCCACUUCCUUGAAUCGUUUCUGCCAAAGAUGGUGGAAACAAUGCUGGCAAAACUCGAGUAGGUGAUUUUGCUUCCAUUUGGUUCGCUCCCCUGACACAUCCUCCUGUUGGUUUUGAUGUUUGUUUCUGGAUCGUAGGAGAUUUUAAAUCCCUUUAAUGGCAGAAAUAAACCCAUUACUAAACUGAAUCUAGCAGCCAAAGUAAUGGUAAUUACUGACAACCAGUAGAUUUGGUUUUGUUGAGACGUUCCCCUUUUUAGUAAUAUUACUUACGAUUGGUCAUUUGUUUCAGAUUUGCAUAUUCUUUCAAAGUUGAGUUUAAAAAGUUGACUUUUUUCAGUGUGAGUUUAGGACAUUGAUUUUGCUUAGUUUCUUUUGUUUGUUUAUUUUUGGUAAUGUCUUUGCACGGUUGUGCAUUUAACCUGAACAAAAGAAAAAACUGGAAAUGCAGUUUAUUAAAUAUGAAAUGAGCAAUAGCGUAUAAUGUCUGACUUUUGUGACACUUUGUAUUGGAAUUAAACAGCCUUUUAUCCCCC